AUGGCAGAGGAGAACUGCACUGUGCUUGCUGAAUUUGUAUUCCUAGGCCUCUCCAGUAGAAAAGAUAUUCAACAGGGCCUCUUUGUAUUCUUCCUUCUUGUUUAUGGCAUAACUUUGGUUGGCAACCUAGGCAUGAUCCUUCUCAUCAAAACAGAUCCCACACUUCACACCCCCAUGUAUUAUUUCCUGGGAAAUCUGUCUUUCUGUGAUGUCUGCUAUUCCUCAACUGUAUCUCCCAAGAUGCUGGCUGAUUUCCUAUCUGAGCAAAAGAGGAUUUCAUACAAUUUAUGUGCCAUACAAAUGUAUUUUUUUGGAGCCUUUGCAGAUGUGGAAUGUCUCUUGUUGGCUGUUAUGGCCUAUGACCGUUACGUUGCCAUUUGCAAUCCACUCCUUUAUACAAUCACAAUGUCCAGGAGGGUCUGUAGCCAGCUGGUGUCCUGUGUUUAUAUCGUAGGCUUGGUAGACUCAGCCAUCCACACAAGCUGCACAUUUCGAUUGGUCUUCUGCACCUCAAAUGUCAUCAAUCACUUUUUCUGUGAUAUCCCACCCUUGCUGGCCUUGUCUUGCUCAGACACAUACAUAAAUGAGGUUGUGAUGUUCACUUUCAUUGGCUGUGUCGUGGGAAGCAGUGUUGGCGCUGUCCUCCUCUCCUACAGCUCCAUCAUUAUCACCAUCUUUAGGAUGAACUCAGCUGAGGGCAGACGCAAAGCCUUCUCCACCUGUGUUGCCCACCUGUCAGCCGUGGCCAUGUUUCAUGGUACCCUCCUGUUCAUGUAUUUCCGACCCAGCUCCAUUUACUCCAUGGACACAGACAAAAUGGCCUCCUUAUUCUAUACAGUUGUCAUCCCUAUGCUGAACCCUCUGAUUUACAGUUUAAGAAAUAAAGAUGUGAAGGGGGCUGUGAGAAAAGCAAUCAGCACUGCACGGUGUUCUAGGUAA